CUUUCCCCUGACUCCAGCCCACACGUUGUAUUGCCAUCAGCGUCUCAUUCCUCCGCUUCAUUCCAACCUCGAUAUGACUCAAGAUGGCCGCCAAUGCAGGAUCGAUGUCUCAAUAUUGGAAACGCUUUGAUUUACAGCAACUACAGAGAGAGCUGGAUGCCACCGCCACACAGCUUGCUAACAGACAGGAUGAGAGUGAGCAGUCAAGAAAGAAACUCAUAGAUCAGAGCCGCGAGUUCAAGAAGAACACGCCCGAGGAUGUACGAAAACAGGUGGCUCCUCUACUGAAGAGUUUCCAAGGAGAGAUUGAUGCGUUGAGUAAAAGAAGUAAAGAAGCAGAGACUGCCUUCUUGAACGUCUAUAAGAAACUAAUCGAUGUUCCAGACCCCACCCCAGCCUUGGAGCUGUGUGUGCAGCUGCAGGUGAAGCUGCAGAGGAUGCACGAUGUGGAGAUGGAGAACAGCAAGCUGAGGGAGACCCUGGAGGACUACAACAGAGAGUUCACUGAGGUCAAGAACCAGGAGGUGACCAUCAAGGCUCUGAAGGAGCGUCUGCGUGAUAAUGAGCAGGCGGUGAGGACGCAUGCCCAGAAUCUGGCUGAGGAGAACCAGCUGCAGCUCCUGCAUGACUACGCCGAGAAGGAGAGGAAGUUGCAGGAGAAUGAGGACUCCAUGUCAUCCAGACUGGAGGAGGCUGACCACCAGACCCAGAUCCUCCAAACAGCACUUGAAACAACUCAGGCAGAACUCUUCGAUCUGAAGACCAAGUAUGAUGAGGAGUCCACAGCUAAGGCCGAUGAGAUUGAGAUGGUGAUGACAGACCUGGAGAGAGCCAAUCAGAGAGCAGAGGCAGCUCAGAGGGAGAUGGAGGCUCUGAGAGAACAGCUGAGCUCCACCAAGCAUGUCCUCCUCCAGGCCUCCUACAACCAGGCCCACCUGGACAAGACGGUGGGUGUGGAGGGUGUGGAUGGCUGCAGCCUGCAGGCGGAGCUGGGCGCGAAGGAGAGGGAGGUGGGCCAGCUUCUGGAGGAUUUACAGAAGUUACAGACCAGCCUGAGCAUGCUCAGAGAGAGCUCCGUCUCUCAGAUCACUACUCUGAAGACCCAGUUACUCAGCACGACCACCACGCUCAGGGAGCUGGAGGAGAAGCUGCAGGAGCAGGCUGACUAUGAGGAAGUGAAGAAGGAGCUGAGCAUCCUCAAGUCUAUGGAGUUUGGACCUGCUGACAGCUCUCAGCAGGACUCCAAGCCUCUGGAGGUGUUGUUGCUGGAAAGGAACAGGAGCCUCCAGUCAGAGAGCUCCUCCCUGCGCAUCGCCAACACGGAGCUGAACGGGUCAGCGAGACGAAAAGCCAAAAAAGAGGUGCCUGUCCCUCUGGAGGAGACGGGUCUUACCAUACCCCACUCCUCCUCCCCUCCACCUCCCCCCCCAAUCCUUCCUACCAACCCCCCCUCCUCCUCACCCCCCCCUCCCCCCCUAACCCCCUUGCCACGCACUGUCACAGACCCCCCAGACCCCCACACCGCCAACGGAACACACGCCUUCGCCCCCACGGGCAACGGCCAAGACGUCUACCCCCCGUUCCCCCUGGGGGAGGGCAAGGGGGCACUCAGCCCCCUCUCACAGCGCCAGUUUCUCCACACCUUCUACUCCAACACCCUCCACGAGUGCUGUCUUUCUGGGGGGGCACUUCUCUACACCCCCCCCUUAGCCCCCGCGCCCGCCAGCCCCCAUCCGCCCCCCAGCCCAGACGUUAACAGAAACUCUGGCCUCCAGUCUCCCUCUCCCGGCCAGCCGGAGGGGGUCUCUGAGGCAGAGGCCCUGGAGACAGCUGGCCAGCCGGAGGGGGUCUCUGAGGCAGAGGCCCUGGAGACAGCUGGCCAGCCGGAGGGGGUCUCUGAGGCAGAGGCCCUGGAGACAGCUGGACAGCUGGAGGGGGUCUCUGAGGAAGAGGCCCUGGAGACAGCUGGCCAGACAGAGGGGGUCUCUGAGGCAGAGGCCCUGGAGACAGCUGGACAGCUGGAGGGGGUCUCUGAGGAAGAGGCCCUGGAGACAGCUGGCCAGCCGGAGGGGAUCUCUGAAGGAGAGGCCCUGGAGACAGCGGAGAUUGCGCGGCAGGUGAAGGAGCUGCUGGUCAAGCACAACGUUGGCCAGCGUGUGUUUGGUCACCACGUGCUGGGCCUGUCUCAGGGCUCUGUCAGUGAAAUCCUGGCUCGGCCCAAACCCUGGAGCAAGCUCACCCUGCGAGGGAAGGAGCCCUUUCACAAGAUGAGGCACUUCCUGUCCGACACGCACAACAUCCUGGCUCUGAGGAGCGUUCAGGGAAGACUGAGAGAAGGCCCCGGGCAGACCAUCAGCAGAGUGUUUCAGGAUGUGUCAAAGCAGAAAUCCACCUCUGGUUCCUCUUCUCAGACAGGCUGCUCACAUGGCAACUCUGCAGACAGCUCAGACGAGGCCAUCAAGUUCAUCCUGGAGCAGGCCAAGAAAGAGCUGCAGGGGCAGAGGAUGGACCUGUCCCUCCCCCCCUCCCCCGGCAGGGCUCUGAAAAGAGAUGGUGGGUCAGACAAUGCGAUCCACACCAUCCUGGAACAGGCUCGCAGAGAGAUGGAGUCUCAACAAGCCCUGGACCCCCUCUUUAGACCCCCCCCCUCCUCACCUCUCCCCAACCCCCCCCUGGGGCUCUCUCUGAAGAGGCCCCCCUCCCCCCUCCUGGACUUCAGCUCCAGCGCCAAGCGUGAGGCCAGGGGUGGGGCCAGGGGCAGGGCGGAGUGUCCAGCCGGGGGAGGUGAGGUCCGAGGGGGAGACUGCUGGAGGGAGCAGUUGUGGAACAGCACCCACCCAGAUACAACUCCAGGGGGAGAUGACAGACAAUCACAGGAGGACCCGAGAGAGAGUGAGGAAGCCAGGUGUCUCUACAAGAUCAAACAGAGAGGCCUCCGCAUGCAGCUGUGGCUCAAUGGAGAACACAGACACAACACACACACCCAGAAAGAGGGCAGUCCCAGGACCUCAGCCAGCUGCAGCCCUUCAGAAUCCCCCCUCAGCUCUGCAGAGGAGUCAGACCCCCUGGUCCCCCCGAGCUCCUCCCUGGAGCCCCCUUCUGGGGAUGCCUCUGGGGGGGGCUCCCAGCCCGGCACGCCCCUGCUCCCCCCCGCCCCUUCCACUGGCCACAGCAUCCAGGAGACGGUGUCCAUGUCUCCAGAGCUGGACACCUACGCCAUCACCAAGAGGGUGAAGGAGGUCCUCACAGACAACAACCUAGGCCAGCGUCUGUUUGGGGAGAGUGUGCUGGGCCUGACGCAGGGCUCCGUGUCUGACCUGCUGGCCCGGCCCAAACCUUGGAACAAGCUGAGCCUGAAGGGCCGCGAGCCAUUUGUCCGCAUGCAGCUCUGGCUGCAGGACGCGCACUGCGUAGAGAAGCUAGCUGACAUGAAGCGCAUGGAGAAGAAAGCCUACAUGAAGAGGCGUCUCAGCUCUCUGAGUGAGGGCGUGGCGGUGGAGGGCGUGGCGGGGGAGGGCGUGGUGGGGGAGGGCUUGGCGGGGUCAGAGCCUCUGCAGAGACACAGCCCCCAGCAGCAGCAGAAAAAGGUCCGGGUGGUUCUGGGCCCUGAGGAGAAGGAGGUGCUGAAGAGGGCGUACCAGCAGAAGCCGUACCCCUCCCCCAAGACCAUCGAGCAGCUGGCUGGCCAGCUCAGCCUCAAGACCAGCACCGUUAUUAACUGGUUCCACAACUACAGGUCUCGUAUCAGGAGAGAGCUGUUCAUAGAGGAGAUUCAGGCGGCGGGGGGGGGCGGGGGCUCCCUGCGGUUGUCCCGGCCAGGCAGGGACAUGACCGAGUCACACGGCCCUCACAAGCCCCCGGAGGACAGGGAGGCCCAGGCAGGGGCCACGGGUUAUUCCCCUGCCCCAACAGACUGCACUACCUGGGGCUGCAGCAGCCAGUCUGGGCAGGGAGGAGGAGGAGGAGGGCUCUUCAGCUUCCCAGAGGCCUCAGCUCCCGGUGGGGUCUCCCCGGCCCCUGCCAGGAACCCCCGGGACAACAACCUGCGCAGGAAGAAAGCAGCCAACCUCAACAACAUCAUCCAUAGACUGGAGAAGGCUGCCGGCAAGGAGGAGCCCUCGGAGUGGGAGUUCUGAAGCUUGAUGCCUCCUUGUGACCUCGUGAACUCUGACCUACGACCCCUCAACCUCCACUCUCCUUUUCUGCUCCGACAGGACAGAGAAAGAGGGGGGACAGCCAAACUGAAGCUCAUCGGCCAUUUUGUUACACAAACUUAUCCCAGAGAGAGGGGUGAAGAUAGAAGGAUCAAAAGUAGAUGCAAGGAAACAGUUUAAUGUUUUAGGUUUUAUUUUUUUAUACUGAGAAAAGCACUUACCCGUCCUGGAAGUCACAGCCUCCCUAACCCUAACCCCCAGCCUCUCCCCCAUCCUCAGCAAAGCCCCAACCUCACCCAUAUACCUGGCCUCAGCCCCGGGCCCUAACACGCACACUGUAGAGUGACUGUUACAAACCCUUUGCCUUUAUUUCUACUAAGUGUGUGUGAGUGUGUGUGCAGCAUAUGGGCAGCGUAACUUUCUGUUGAACUCCCCCUCCAGACCCCACCUUCAACUGCAGUGUACACACUGCAGUUGGGAUUGCCACUAAGAGUACUACAGUACUGUAGUACUCUUUAGUACAAACUUGUACUAAAGAGUACAAGUUUGGGAAAUAAGGGAUUUUUAUAUGACCUAAAAAGAGGAGUUACUGUAAAAAAAAAAAAGUUGUGUUGUUGAAACAUGAAAUGUUGAAACUAUGUAGCUUAUAUAGUAGUUUGGUAAUGACCUGCAUCACAGCUUUAACAAUGGUUGGACCUACCAGGUGUAUGUGUGUGUGUGACGACUAAAUGUUCUCACAGAACAAAUCCAGUUUUACUGGCCAGAUCAGGAACAUUUCACUGAAUAUACACAGCGAUGUCAACAUCACUGUCAUAGGUUUAAGACUGGGCUUUAAGUGUGUGUGUGUGUGUGUGUGUAUGCGUGUGUGUAAGAGGAAGAAUUGAUGGUUUCUAGUUGUGUUGUACUCCAGUGCACAAGGGUGCUCUGUAGGAUUAUUGGUUGUCAGUUAUCAGUAGGGUUUCGAUGUUGAGUAUUCUGACUUAUUGUAGUUUUGUUUCAUCCCUAUAUAUUGUUUCAUCCCUAUAUAUAUUGCAUAGUGUGUGACUUUUGUCAAUUUUAUUCUGCUUAUUUAUAGGUGCUGUAUUUUUUCAUUGUACAUCUAAUCUUU